UCAUUCAGUGACCGCCCUGUGCGUGUGUUGCCGCGUCAGGAAAGGAGUGUUGCGUCUCCAGGCACCUCCCGCCUCACGCCUUUCUUCCUCCCGUCUCCCGGAGUGUACACACCUGCACUCUUGAGGCACCUCCCGCCUCGCGCCUUCCUUCCUCCCGUCUCCCGGAGUGUACACACCUGCACUCUUGAGGCUGCUGGCGAGAGGAACUGUCGUCCCAAGCCCUCCACCAUGGCCGCCGCUCCAACAGUACAUGUCCAUCGCAUUAAGCUUAUCUGUCUCAUGGAGAACGCAGGCAAGGACGUCUUGACCUUUGUGUUGAAGCGCGGCGCGCUGAACGCCCCCGCCACGCCGCCGGGCCAGUCCCUCACUGACUACCUUGAUAACCUCCCUCAAGGCUCGACAGCCAACUAUGGCAGGAUGAAUAACAAACAAAAGAAAGCAGCACUGAGCAACACCGACCGCCGCCAAGCACAACGCUUCCCUCUAUGGGACAACUUUGAUGUAAGUUUAUUGCACAAAACAAUAAAGCUGACGUGCCAAGGCGUGGCGAGAGAUGGCGAUCCCGAAUGGCGGAACCAGAACACCCUGGAAGGAUUGGUAACGAAAAUCAAGGAUGAGCGGAAUGAACUCUUUCAUGAAGUGAAAGAUUUCAGCGAGGCAGAGUACCAGCACAAAGUCAACGAGUUAGAACACCUCUUUAUCCGAGUCCUCGCCGCAGCCAAGACCAAAUACUGCAUUCCUGACGCAGAGGUGACACCCGUGCAGGACAACGCCCGGCAGGUCACUGAUACCUUCAGAAAUAUGGGAUUAGAGGAAGCAAUUUUAAGAUAUAAAUUAAGUAACAUGUGUCAAUUAUUCAUAAGCAUGAGUCAGACCCACCUCAAAGCAUUCUAUGAUCGCGUGCAAACCUUUGAUCCUCUGUCCUUCCUUACCAACUCACCAAAACACCUACAUCACAUCCAGGACAUUUUCUGCAAGAUGUCCCUCGUGGAAGGAAGAGGACACCUCCAACAGAGGCGAGACAUCGACACUUGCGACGUGCUGACGGUGACGCGCCGCGCGGGACAGAAUCCACAGCCGUCCACAUCCUCAUCGGCCACGCCGCCCACGCACGACGCCAAGCCACAGCUCAUCCUGAUCAGGGGCGUGGCAGGAAGCGGCAAAACGACCCUGCUCACCUUCCUUGUCUCAGAGUGGCUUCAAGAGCCCUGCGCCUGCACCAUCAAACACCUGGACGAGUACGACAUCGUGGUGCGUGUCUUGUGCCGCGAUGAUGAAGGCCCAUCUCUCCAGAACUUCCUCAAAGUGAUCCUCCCAAACCAUUUUGCUGUGAUGGACGAACACCUCAUCCCCCUCCUACAACAAUGCAAGGUUCUCUUCCUGAUUGACGGCCUGGACGAACUGUCGCCAGGCACUCCAUCACACAGCCUUGUGAAGGACAUCAUCAACAUAUCGAAAUACUCGCCAGACUUCACACUCGUCUGCACAUCGCGGCCCGAAACAGUGCAAGACUUCUUGGCCAAAGUACCUGAUGGUUAUGAGGUGUGGGACAUGGAGAUGAGAAGUGUUAGCCAUGAACAAAGAAUUCAUUUUGUCAUGAAGCAUUACAACAGCUUCCCAGACAAGGGGGUCAAAGACCCUGAGAGGCUUGAGUACCUCAUGAAACACAUUGGCUGGAAGGAUUACCUCGGCCUGCCCUUGAACCUGCAUUUUAUUGCAUGGCUGUUUUAUUUCAAUGUAGACAACAUCAAGAUCACCACCACCCAGACCAGCCUGUAUGUCACCAUACGAGACUGGUGCAUACAAAAACUGCAGGCCAGACUCACAGGUCAUCCACAAGACAUAAAGACCCGCGAGGUGCUCAUUUCUAUGGUUCUACAAGAUAUAUACGACACAUCAUUGCAAGCUCUUCUUCAAGACCGACUCACUCUGUCAAAACAGGAAGAGCAGAAGCUGAUCUGUUGCUGCUUUGGAAAAGGAUUACCCAGCAAGGAAGUCAUCCCAGCGUUUUUCAGUCUUCAAGACACCAGUGACAGGCUGGGGCAUCAUCAGAAGUAUGCAGCCCCACACAAGAGCCUACAGGAAUUCUACGGUGCAUCAGCAAUCGUCCACAAGCUGGUGGAGGACUCACACUCAGCAAACAUACGACGCAUGCUUCACGACCCGCCGCCAGAACAGCUCCGGAACUUGAGGAACCUGCUGCUGCACGUGGCAGGUCUCCUCUGCCACCCUAACACACCACUUUGUGCUGCAGCCAUACAAGAGGUGGUGGACUUGCUGGCGGAGACUGGUGUGGAAAGGUGUGAUGAUUGGCUGUCCAUGCUGGAGGACACUGAGGUGAACAGGACUGCCUUGGAUUGUGUUGUCAGACACAUUACAAGUGAUAAGAGGGAGAUGGUAAUAAUAACAGACAGCACCAUCACCAGUGCCAGGGCCCUCCUCCCCCUCAUCCCCUCCAAGGUGGUACGGAUACAGCUAAGCAGGAAGGAAUCAGACGUGCAGGGGCUCAUCUUUGAACACCACAAAUACAUUGAUCUGUCCCUGCACCACCAAUACAGGCAUCCAGACCAAGCCACUCUCUGUGACUCCUUGCUGCGUGCCAUGCCCAGGUGGGUCUGUCUGUGUGUGUGUUUGUUUGUUUGUUUAGUUAGUUAGUACCUGCACACACACACACACACACACACACACACACACACACACCGUUAUCAUUAUCACAGUCAUUCUUUUCACAAGUAUUAUCAUAAUUACUACAAUUAACAUUGUCAUGACCAUCACUGCCACCAUCACAACAGUCAUUAAUGCAUUAUUGUUGUCACCAUCAACAAAACUGAAGUAAAGCCU